UAUAAAAGGAAAACAAGUCACUGCUUCGAGAGAUACCUAUAAAUAACAGUAGCAGAGCUGCCACUUUCCCUCCAAAGAAAGAAAUCGCCAGAGCAGAACAGGGAGAGAGAGAGAGAGAGAGAGAGAGAGGCGCUGCAGCACCGCUGGAAGAACGCGCAUUCAACCAGAGGCCGACACGUAUCACCUCCGGCCUUCUCCGGCGCCGCUUGAUUAGGGGUUUUCUCUUUCGCUAGGUUUUUGUCUGUGGAUUUGAACAAAUCCUGCAAUUGUCUUUGCUGCAAUUUGGCCCUCGCUGCCUCUCCCAAAAUCGAUGAAUUGGAGCGGGAACGACGGCCCCGCCGGUUGCGCCGGCGCUGCUGAGGACAGCUCCUCUCAGAGCGAGCCGCCAGACCCUGACGUCCUCGAAAUCGAUCCCACCCGUCGAUACAUCCGCUAUAAAGAAAUAUUGGGCAAAGGCGCUUUCAAGACAGUUUAUAGGGCAUUUGAUGAAGUUGAUGGAAUAGAAGUUGCUUGGAACCAAGUUCAGAUCGAUGAUGUGUUACAGUCGUCACAAGACUUGGAAAGGCUGUACUCGGAAGUGCACCUGUUGAAGUCUUUGAAGCACGAGCAGAUUGUGAAGUUCUAUAAUUCAUGGAUUGAUGAUCAAAACAAGACUAUAAAUAUCAUCACCGAAUUGUUCACGUCAGGCUCGCUUAGACAGUAUCGUAAGAAGCACAAGAAGGUCGACCUGAAGGCUGUGAAGGGAUGGGCGAGGCAGAUUUUGUUGGGGUUGAGCUACCUUCAUGGCCACAAUCCGCCGAUCAUACAUAGGGACCUGAAAUGUGAUAACAUAUUCAUCAAUGGGAACCAUGGAGAGGUCAAGAUUGGUGACCUUGGGCUGGCAACUGUUAUGCAACAGGCUAAUGCCCGAAGCGUGAUUGGCACCCCUGAGUUUAUGGCACCUGAACUCUAUGAGGAGGAAUACAAUGAGUUGGCUGAUAUAUACUCGUUUGGAAUGUGCAUGCUAGAGAUGGUGACUUUCGAAUACCCUUAUAGCGAAUGUCAAAAUCCAGCUCAAAUAUACAGGAAGGUUUCGUCUGGUAUAAAGCCUGCUGCCCUUGGUAAGGUAAAGGAUCCAGAAGUGAAGAUUUUAAUCGAGAAAUGUCUAGCCCCAGCUGCUCAAAGAUUGCCUGCAAAGGAGCUUUUGAAGGACCCUUUUCUCCAAAUAAAUGGUGUCAAUGGAUUGGCCAUAAAUCAUCCAUUUCCUUUACCUGAUAUUGUUACACCCAAAACGGGCGCCUUUGGAGACCGUUGUGUUCUCUCUGAGGAGCCUUCAAGUGCGAAGCAGAUACCCCACUCUAUGGAUAUCGAUACUGCUGUCUAUGGGCCUCCUGUCAUCACAGUAAUUAAGAAUUCUGGUGGUGGUGGGCCCCACUUGUUGAGUGUGGAGGUUCGGACAUUGAAGAAAGAAGACGAGUUCAGGUUAAAAGGGGCGAGGAAUGAUGAAAACUCGAUAUCGCUUGUUCUACGUAUUGCAAGUCAACAUGAUCAUGCAAGGAACAUCCAUUUCUUAUUUUAUCUUCAUAGCGAUACCGCUCUUUCAGUUGCAAGUGAAAUGGUUGAGCAGCUCGAACUUGCCGAUCAGAAUGUAAUGUUCAUAGCUGAAUUGAUCGACUUACUGCUGACAAACUUAAUACAAGGGUGGAAACCCUGUGUCCGUAUCGAUCAUCUUGUUGCUCUGCAUGGAACCCAAUCUCCAAAAGUCUCACUGAAGAGCUCUCAGCUUGAAUACGGAAGAAGCUCAGUUGGGUCUUUACAGAACGUUUUAGAAGCUGCCGACAUAUCAAGUCCCCCACCUUGCCUCGACUGUAGUUCAGUUGAAGACUCCAUUCAGCCAAUCUGUGAAGCUGCCAUCUACGCAAAGCCCGAUGACGUUAUGUCUCAUGGCGAUUAUGAUCCCCACAUCAUGGCCACUCCAGACGAUCAGGUUUCUGAACUAUCAUUCCUUUCUGCUAUCUCUACUGCAGAAAGCUGUAAGUUGUGUUCUAGGACAGAUUACAUGGAUUACAAUGAAUGCGAGAUGAAAGGAGAGAACAGAGGAACUCUCUCUGGAGUUGGAACUGGAGCAUGCCUUGAUCAGAAAGGCAUGGCUAUCAGCAACAAUAGCAAUGAUUUGCAAACCCUUUCCAGCAUCCCAAGCAAUGCUUCCUCUCUGGUUUUGGCUGAAGUGGAAGACAGUGAUGAGCUGCGACGGGAGUUGGAGCUGAUCGACUUGCAAUAUCAGCGAGCAAUGGAGGAGAUAUCAAAGAGGAGGCAGGAAGCUAUCGAGGCGGUGAAGAAAAGAUUAGUGAAGCAGCAGCCACUGGCAAUUAGCUGAAAUGUUUGUUCCGGUUAUUUUCUCUUAGCUCUUCCUAUCCAAAUGUAAAAAAGAUCAGUUCCUGGAAGAGAACUGUUCUUGUAAAUCCUGAUUUCUUCUCUUGUCUAUAAACCCACUUUUGCAGUUCUGCACAAGUCUGCACUGAGAAAUAUCAAGUUUCUUCAGA